AUGGAUAGCCUGUGGGGCAUCGGUUUCAGAGCUAACGUAGCUAAGGCAUAUAUUACCAAAUGGGGUGAGAACUUACUAGGAAAAGUUCUAAUGAAAGUUAGAGACUACGUACGGGAACAACAGAGUUGUACACCGCACGAAUUUGUCAUAAUGGAGCAAGAUCAAGGUCUCUUCGAAUGGAGAGCUGAUGUAGAAUGGAAAGAGCCGAUGGUAAAGACGCAAGGUCGAGAGCGGUUCGAUGCAAUUGACAGAUGGCUAUACCAUCCUGGACUUCUUUGUAGAAUCGGUGGCGGUGAAUAUGUAUUCAUCGAUACGUCUAACUACUGGACCAAUCUCGCAUCGUCAGAGGCCAUGUCACGAAUAACGACUCUUGUUGGAAUUCUUAAUGCUACGGUUAACUUCGACAAGGCUAUGAAAUCGUUCAUACGUUACAUUGUAAAGCGAUGUAAUGUCAAUGUGGGUAAGACUAUUCCUACUAGCGUAUGUUUCGGCACUGAAAGGCUAGAAAUCGACAUGGACAUGGAAAGCAAGACUCUUACAUUCAAUCGUAGCCGUGAACUGAUUAGAAAAGUCACUGCUAAUUCUGAGCUUGUGAAGGGCGUAUGCAUAAUGCCUGUCGAUAUCGACGUGAUACCGACUGUGUAUAGAUUUCCUGGCCAGAAUAAUAUGAUACGGUACCUCAUACGCGUGUUUCCGGAUCCCAGGGCUCUUGUGACAGUGAUGUGGCACGUUGGCAACAGCCUAGUGGACCCCGUGUCAAGACCAAAGUCAUUGAUGCUAUGCGGUCCUGGUGGUUCAGGAAAGAGCCAUCUACUUCAGAUAAUUUUCACUUCUCUUCUGGGAUGCUGCGGAAUAUUACCUGAUGGUUCGCUGACGACAACAGCACGGUCGAUGCCAGACGAAGUGGCAGAGGUGAUUGUAGGCAACCGCAUGGCAGUAUGUUACGAUGUAGAUCUCGAGAGAAGCCAGCUCAACAUGUCGAUAUUCAAGAAUAUAAGUGGCAGUGACUAUAUCCGCGUGAAUUACAAUUCCUGCAAAUCCAAUUGUUCUCUGGUGCUAGCGACGAAUGGUGCUGUGAAUGUCAAGAAGCAGCCUGAAUACCAUAGUGAUGCUAUCAUGAGACGAAAUGUCGCCAUUCUGAUGAAUGUUGCAGCGCUAUCAAUUCCAGAAUCUGAGUCUGUUAUACCUGAAGACUCGCUAUCGCGUAUUGACUUCGACUGUGCGUGUGUAUACACAAGGCUAACAUAUGAUGCCAUUCCGCUUGCGCCAAUGGAUCUUUUAUUAACAUUAUGUCAAUCUGAGAUCGAUGCGGUGCUCGAGCAUGUAAUAGAGACAUCUGAACCUAUUGAUGUUUUCGAUGGCGUACAUGUAACGAACGUCAUUGCUAACGCACUAGGAUUGACGCCAAAUAAUGUAAUAUUCAAGACGAGACUGAUAUCACCACUGUCUCUAUUUGAGCUUGAGGGACACACACUGAUUCGUGGACUUGCACCUAGACAUAAAUAGCUUAAAACAUUAGAAUGCAACGCUGCGCAGUUGCAAACCUCACCAUGAGUUCUAACAAGGUACCAUUGCCAGGCUUAGCGAAAAUGUCUGACCAACAGUCCAAACUUCCCGAGAAGGGUAAUCCUUUCCAGAAGGUAAGUAACUGGACAAAGGAGAUGCUUUCACAGGUUGAGGUUACUAUACCUAAGCUUACUGAGACUACAAGCGAUUUCACCCGCAAGAGAAACCCUACCAAUAGGUACUGGAAAGGC